AGGCAUUUGGCUCGAGGUUUAGGAAUGUGCUUGCUCACACGUUUGUUGUACUUGUGCUUACGUGUCCCUUUUCUAGACUAGCUCGAUCCAAACGCCCCAAUGCCAUUCCAAUGGCUUGGCUUGGACUUGUGCUUUAUGCUGGCUUUCUGCCAAGCUCACUCCAGCCAGCUGAGACCUUGCACCAACCAAAUUCGUGAAAAUUGCAGCGAAGGUCGCUUUGUGCCAUGCGGGUCCACCAAAAACCGUCACCAUGACUUCAGCAUGCUGCAUGCUAGAGAUGCUACCAAGUGCCAUGCCCCAGCUGGGAGGGUUCAGCCUGGGCAGAUGAUUCUUGUUGAGUUUUUUUCAGGGCCACCUGAUGUUCAAAAUGGCAAGUGUAUGGAGAUUCUUUUGGUAGUCGGCGAAUGCUGGGGUUUGGAUUCAGAUGGGGAUUCCUAUGACUGCCUUGGCCUAUGUGGAGUUGGCUGCCAGGAAAGCGACGUUUGCUCCAACUGGUCUCGAAACUGUUUGAAGCAUGAUGUGUGCAGCUACUACUACAACUCCAGAGGUGGAGCUGCAGAUCCUCACUGUGGCUGGGCUUUCAACAUCGCAGCUUCGGAUUUCUUGCAGCCUUGCGCUGUGGAUUCAGCCUGUACCCUGCCCAAUUUCAACAGGAAGGCUGAAGUGUGCACGAAAGCAGCGGGAUCAGGAGAACGCGUCGUUUAGUGUGCGAGAUUUCUUCAACAGGCCGGUCGAGGUUCUAGAAGUGAAAGGCUGGAGAAAGAUGAAUGGCGUGUGACAGAGCAGACUGCGACUGCAAGGAAGAAACCUGAUUUGAUAUCGCUUGAUAGCACAAUCCAUUUAGAAUCCACAAUUCGCCUGAGCCAGACGACGCAUAGAAGAUCCUUGUGGAGAUGAGCAGGCUGCAGGAGGUCCUCCCUGCGGCCUACUAGUGGACAUGGUCGAAGAGCUUGAUGAUUGAUGUGUCACCCUGCAGCACGGCCGGUUUGACCUGGCCACGUGCCAGUUGAAUCCAACAUGGUCAAAGGCUCUCAAGUGAAAGCGUUUGUUGAAGUACAAACUACCUGCUGACAUACAAAUAACCCAUGAGAGUUCGAUUUGCUGCGCUGCCACUUUGUUGUUCUAUGCCAGGCUGGAAUUUGC